AUGAAUCCGAAUGCAGACAACUACGUACCCUCAGAGUCCAGGCUCUUCAAGCCGUUAAAAGUUGGCCACUUCACGCUACAAAAUCGCAUCGUCUUCCCUCCUUUGACUCGCCUCCGCAGCGACGACGGCCAUGUUCCUCUGCCGCUUAUGCAGAAAUACUACGCCGACCGUGGCUCCUCACCCGGGACGCUAGUUAUUUCAGAAGCCACAGCGAUUUCACACCUUGAAGAGGGCAAUUGGAAUAACCCCGGAUUCGUCAGCGAUAUGCAAACCGAAGCCUGGCGCAACAUCAUCGAUGCGGUCCACGCCAAUGGGUCCUUCUUCUUCCAGCAGAUCUGGGCUAUGGGACGGGCAUCUCAGCCCGACUUACUGGCAGCACGAGGGUUCCCCUACCGAUCCAGCAGUGCUGUGGCCAUGAAGGGCUCUGCAAUUGUACCCAGAGCUAUGACGGAAGACGAGAUCUUGGAGACUAUCCAAGAGUUUGCCAGCACAGCAAAGCGGGCGGUUUCGGCUGGCGCUGAUGGCGUUGAGAUACACUCUGCCCACGGUUAUCUACUCGAUCAGUUCCUCACGGCCGGUGUUAACCAGCGCACUGAUAAAUGGGGUGGCUCCAUCGAGAACCGAGCUCGGCUAACUCUAGAAGUUGUCAAGGCUGUCGUCGGAGCUAUUGGUGGCGAAAGGGUGGCUAUCCGGUUUUCUCCAUAUGCUGGUUUCCAAGGGUCCGAGAAGACCGAUUUUCUUGAACUGUACACGUACCUCAUCACGGAGCUCAAGAAGAUGAAUGUGAAGUUUGCGUACCUGUCUCUUGUCGAGGCAACUGGGGACCCCGGAGCCUUGAUUUGGAACGACAAGAAGAUUCAUCAGGACAAGACACUGGACUUCAUCCUCGAGGAAUGGAACAACCUAUCACCCGUUAUCGUUGCAGGUGGCUACCAGCCAAAUACCGCAGCCUGGGCAGUCGAGAAUCGUUACAAAAAGUGGGACGUCAUGAUCGCUUUUGGUCGCCAUUUCAUCGCCAAUCCGGACUUGGUCUUCAGGAUUAAGAAUGGGAUCCCUCUGGCAAAGUACAACAGAUCGACUUUCUACAGCAACAAGCAAUGGUUGGGCUAUAAUGACUAUCCAUUUAGCCAGGAAUUUAUGGAGGCACACCCACAUGCUGUGCAUCCAAUGAUUGAGCAGAAGCAAGAGGCGGUUGUCGCAUAG